AUGGCAACCACCACGGACACCACCACUAUUUGCGCCGCCACCGCCACAAAGCCAAUAUUAUACUCGCAAUACGCAAACAACGGUGUCAUAAGCAUCCAAGUUGGUGUCCCGAGGCGUGUGGAUGUGCGGCAUGGAGCCAAGCCUCAGGUCGCCGAGCAGAAAGGCCCUCCACCCUCACCACCUGGUUCCCCUGUGCUUUCAAGCGCUAGGUACCAGGGCUUGAAAGGCUCCAAGGGCUUCAUCACCGGAUGCCGGCCGAGUGGAGAGCUCCCCACAUGCCAUCUCCAUUCCAUUUUCCCUCAUCUUGACACUACCGGUGGACUCUGGGCUCCAGUUAUUGGAUCAGCAUUCCCUGCUGAUUCGCUAGGCCCUGUCGUGACGAAACUUUCCCCAAUGGGCCCGGUCCUGGGAGAGCCUGGGAGCCUGGAUCCUGAGCCAGAUCCUAGCCGGGGUCCUAAAAAUCGAACUUGCGAGUCGAGUCAACAACAACGUCGUCCUCGUCCCCCAUCAUCUUCCGCUGGAGCGGGUGCCGACGGGCUUGGCCCAUACAGAUCGCAGGAAUCAUGUAGCGCUGAUCCGGAAUUCUGCAUUGACCCGGUAGGACAAUAUAUCACAUUACGGAAGUAGCUGCCAUGUUCAAAGCAGUGCCACAUGACAAGUCCUCCCUCGCCAGCUUUCUCUGCGCCCUCGGUGGCGGAAGUGGAAUUGGAAUCAGGCCUCAGAAACAUAUUGAAUACGGGUACCCGGUACCGUUGAUCAUCCUGCGAACUCGGAAUCCGGAGAGGGGCAACAUAAAAUGAUGGGCUGGAUGGUUGUCUGCUUUGGAUUCGCUUGGCAAGGCGACAUCCCGGUGGAAUGGGCGCUAUCAGACGCCACGCAUUAUUUUGGUUCUCUGGCUGCAACUGCUGUUUUCCAGUUCCACGGGUAGCCGAGCCUGAUACCUUCUUCGA